ACAUCGUCAACCAAAGGGGAGAGAAUCGCGACAUGUAUCAACAAUGGCGUUUCUCAUCAAGAACGGAAGAAUAAGUUUGAAAAGUUUUGUUGGUGGGGCUUGCAUAGUUUUUGUGCCAUGGAUAUCACACCUAGGAUCUAGCUUGCAAUAUCUCUACACAGACUUUUGGUUAUACUUGCUACUAUUAUAUAUAAUUUUGUACAAUGGCGGCUUGGUGCUCUUUAGUUUCAUUACAACAGGUGGCAUCCAGUCUGAAUUCUACAAGGUGGCUGUUCGAGGGGGUUUCCUGGGACUGACUUUUGGAAUCGGCUAUCUCAUCAGUUGCUCACACACAACUCUGAACCAUUUCGGUUGGUACUUGAUGGGUCUCAGUUUCUUCCAUUUCUCUGAGUAUCUCACCACAGCGGCUACCAACCCCUCCUCCCUAACCCUUGACUCCUACCUGCUGGACCACAGCAGGGAGUACAAGAUGGCAGCAGUGGCCAGCUGGCUAGAGUUCUUUGUAGAGUGGUAUAUAGCACCAGGUUUAAAGCAGUACUUUUAUUUAUCAGUCUGUGGUGUGCUACUAGUCCUGUUUGGAGAAUCUCUGAGGAAAGCCAGUAUGAUAACAGCCUCUACGAACUUUAACCAUUAUGUACAGUACGUCAAACGUCCCGGCCAUCAGCUGGUCACCAAGGGAGUGUACUCUUGGUGCCGACAUCCGUCCUACGUGGGUUGGUUUUACUGGAGUAUUGGAACACAGUUGAUAUUAUGCAAUCCCUUUUGCCUAAUAGCCUACACAAUAGUGUCAUGGAGAUUUUUCCGGGAGAGGAUUUACGAAGAAGAAAUCUAUCUUUUGAACUUUUUCGGUGAGGAUUAUUUAGACUACCAGAAAUCCGUUGGGACUGGAUUACCAUUCAUUGUCGGAUACACGGGUUACUCAGCACUUUAGGAUUUACUCGUCUUGUAGCCAUUUAGCAGUUAAAUCCAAUGGUUCCGAACUUUCUAGUGAAUUAUUAAUAAAAUAUAUUCCUUCAAACUAAGUGUUGACAUGCAAUGCACUCAAAAAAUGUCAGGGUUACCUAUUUUUACAAGAAUUGUUUUCAAAUUUUCAGCACCCUUGGUGCAUUUUUAGGCGUGACAUUUAUAUUUUUAUCAAUAACUACAAAACCAGAGUUUUAUACAUAAAAAGAAUACUCAGAUUGUCAAUCCAUGUUUUAUCCCAGCUUAUUUUGACAUUUCUAUUGAAUUGUGUACUAAAUCAUGAAGAAAAACACAUGGUCAGCCUCUGAUUUUUACCAAUCUAUUUUAUUGUGCAUAAGAGUUACCAACAAACUGGUAAAUUUCUACAAGAAAAUUAAAGUUUUAAUAGAAAAUACACUUAAAUUGAAAAAACUUUAUUUUAAGUUACGGUAUUGAAACCUUUAUUAUUGAGUGUUUUCUUUUGUACAUGAUAUGUUUGAUGAUAUACUGUGGAAUCAUUAGAUUUCGUGGUGGCUCAAUUUUCUCGGAAUUCGUGGGUACCUCUCUUCCACGAAAUAACAUUCUCCACGAAUUAAUAAAUUAUGGCAAUAAAGUCAUAUUUCCUUUUGUAGGUAAACGAGAAUACACAAAAUUAAGUCCCCACGAACCUGUAAAAUUUUUAAAGCAAUCCACGAAAAUUGGCCCCCACAAAUUUUAAUGAUUCCACAGUAUUAAACAUGGGGCCACUUGUUUGUGUACCAUAUUCUUGAACAUUUAGUCUGCUGUCUGCAUUUGUCUUUCAUUUUGGGGAUUAUAAUUAACACGAUGAAUUAUGAAGAAGGCAUGAUACAUUUAUUUUAAUAGAAUUUGAUUUUUAUUUGAACAUUUUAAUAAAGCAUUCUUGAAAUGCUAAAAACAUACAAGUGGUAUUUUGUUGUGUUAUUAAUUUAUAUGGUUGGCGUGAAGAUGCUCUACAUGAAAUGACUCCAGUAUCAUUGGGAACCCUCAGCCUUUCUCCCUACUCUACUAUAUAUCCUUGGGUUUUUUUAUUAGCUCAUCUGAGCUGAAAGUCUUUUCUGAUCACUUCUUGUACAAAUGUCAAUCUGUCUUUAAACUCUUCACA